GCCGCGGGCGCUGCCGCCAUGUACCUUUCCCCCGUGGAGCACCUCUGCAUGGGCGUGGCUAAGAACACCCACCUCCGCGCCCUCAAGCUGGCGCGGUGUGACUUGGACGAUGAUGCGGUGGUGGCGUUGUGUGCGGCGCUGAUUGCUGGUGGCUGCCCCUCCCUGGAGAGGUUGGAGCUGGUGCAGAACCCGCGGAUUCGCGACCGGGGCUUCCUGAAGGGCAUCAUGCCGCUGCUGCAAGCCGCAGCUGGUGGCUCUGAUAGCGCUUGGGCUGAAGCACGGGCCAAGGCUUGGCAGGAGAGGGAGGCUGCUGCGAAGGACCGGGAGCGAAGGAGGGCGCCGCUACUGGUAGUUACCGCAGAUGCACAUGAUGGCGAUGAAGCGCUGAAGAAGGAGACCGUUUUGGAGUUGUUGGCCGCCGCCUCGGCAGGCUGGCGACCCAUGGGUCGUGCUGGUUCUGCGGGCAAGACUCCCUCUCAACCGGGCAGUGUCAACGCGGGGCGGUCGGUUUUGCGGCUGACAGUCAGUGAUGCCGGCGUUGACCAGGUCUUGUCUGCGCUAGCGGACGAAGCGGUGCUUGGAACCCCUAACGGUGCUGCCGCGGCUGACGGGGCAAUCACCCGCAACUGUGAGGGCACCGGUUUGGACGUCCGCAUCCGUCUUGAGGCAAACAGACAUGCGGUGUCUAUGGCAAUGGUGCUGUGCCAGCUGCCAGAAGCGUCUUCGCCAUCUCCAGCUUCUCCUUCUGUAGUUGGGGCUGCUCCAAAGCCACAGCCCACCCCUCCGAACCCUUCAAAGCCAGCUGCAGCAGCAUCCCAGGCAGAUGCCAACCCACCCGACUCGGCAACUGCAACCGAUGCUGUUGCUGCUGCCUUGACCUGCGUCAGCGGCCUAGACAUGGCCGACAGCAAGAUACAGCCCCUGGGGAUCAGCGCCCUAGCAAUUGCCUUGAAGCGCCCUGCCCUGAUUAGCAGCCUGCGCUCCCUCAACAUGGUGAGCUGUGGACUGGGCAACGCUGAGGUGUUGGAGCUCUGUGCUGCUCUGAAGGCUGGCGGCUGCCCUGUCCUGGAGCGUUUAGAGCUUCAAAACAACCCGGGCAUUCGAAGCCGCGGUUUGUUGGACGGCGUGCUGCCACUGCUGCAGACCGUGGCAGACGCGACGAAGGCAGCAGCAGUUGCUGCAGCUAACGGUGUCGCGCAGGAGGAACCGAAGCAGCAGCAGUGGGCGCAGCAGUGGGCGCAGCAGGAGCAGGGGCGGUUGGUGAGGAGGCUCAGCGCCGCUGCCUCUGCUCAAGCGAGUGAAGCAAUCCUAGCAACAAAGCAGAAGCGGCAGGUGAAGCCGGGGCUGCAGGUGACGUUGGACGUUGGCAGCGUGGGCGCCAUACGUGGCAGCGAAAAGGAUGCGGAAUUCCAAGACGUGGAGUACGAGGCCGAAACGGUCACAGCCGUCUUGGAAGCUGUGCUGAAGCUUUCAGGCGGCAAGACCCGCAGCAGCAGCAGUGGUAGUGGUACGGCAGCUGCUUCCAACGCUGGGGAGGAGGGCAAGACUGGCGGCGACGCUAAGGGCGGAGAUGGAAGCGCCGACACCAAGGGCGACGGUGUUGUGGACCGGGAUGUCCCAGUGGAUGUGGUGACGGGCGGCAGCGGAGACCAGGCCAGCCGGGAGAUUGUGCCUGGCCUUAACACGGCCAAACCGGAAGGCGUUGGCAACAGCAGUGGCGGCGAUGGAGCCGCUGAGGGUACCGCUAGCACCAAAGGCAGCAGUACUGCCUUGUCCCAUCCCUCCGCUCGCCGCUUACUCCUACCACCACCUCCGAAGCUGCUCCUGAUAACAUCAAGCAGUAAAUUUGACCAAGUCCUGGCCUCCAUCCUGGCACCCCCGCCACCACCAACACCCUCAUCAGCGGCGCUUCGCGCGCGUCAUUCCAAGGGCUGGCAUUUUUCCCAAGCUCGCACCGCCUCCGAAAAAUCCCGGUCCAAAGGACGCCUUCAGAAGUCCACGAAAGCGGAUGACAGGGGCAAGGGCAAGGAGAAGACCGAGCUAGCCGACAGCUCCUCCGCCACGGCUGCUGUAUCGAAACCAUCAGGAGACCCCGCCGCCGCCGCUGCUCCUCCUUCCCCGCCGUCUUCUGUCACCCUCCGACUAGGUGCCAACGACACUGACGGACAAACGCGGCAGUCCUCAACCCAGCUUGAAGCAAUCGCCCUCGCAACCGCCCUGUGCCAGCAGCACCCCCGCAGUGCCGCUUUGCUCCGUACCUUGGACCUAUCAGAAAGCAGCCACGGUCUAGGCAGCACCGGCUUGGCAGCCCUCGCAUUCGUACUGCGACAUGCUCCUUGUGCCGUUCAUCUAGAGGAGCUGCUCUUGGUGGGUCUGGUGGAUGGCGUGGGUGAUGCACUGGCAGAUAUGCUGGCGGCCGCCGUACCAUCGCUGCUGUACAUUCGGCGCCUGGAUCUAGCAGGGUCUUCACACUUUCUGGGGGUGGAUGCGGCGGAGCGUUUGAUACGCGCAUUGCAGCAACAGCAGACAGCAGCGGUUGCUGCACCGGAUGCGGAAACGGGGAUGGAAGGAGGUGAUGGUUGUGAUGAUGCCGUGGAUGAUGAUGAGGAGGAGGAAGUAGACGAGCUGCGGCUGUCCGAUUACGAGAGAGGGGAAGGAGAUGGUGACGGCGCCAGCAGUGAUGAAGGGACCCCAGCAGAGGAGGAGGAAGAGGAGGAGGAGGAGGAAGGCGGAGCAGCAGCAGAGGGAGGCAACACUGGCGCUGGUGAGGGAUACAAAGCCAGUGAAAACGCAAACCUACAGCAGCAGCAUCCGCAGCAGCUGGACGGACAGCAACCAUUGCCGGUUGUUCGCCAGCUUCGCAUGGGCCCCUUGCAGCCCUCAGCGACUGUGAUCCGCGCGCUCGCAGACCUUUGCCUUAGAGUGGAGCAGGGCUGGUGGCCGCAGCUGCAACAGCCGCAGCUAGCCCUGCCGCCACCGUCGCCUCAGCAGCAGCAGCAGCAGGCCCGGCAUCAACAACAGCAACAACCGACCACCAAGGCAGCAGUGCCGUUGCCGUCAACCUCAAAGCGCCGCUAUCCAUAUCGUACCCUCAUUGCAUGCAACCAGCGCUGGACAUGCUCCCUCGUUGCAGGCACGCAUGGUACCGACUCCCUUUGUUCGGCCAUUGCUUCCAUGUCCACUCCACAGCAACAGCAGCAAACUUCAGGGCAGUCUGGCACGGCUUUAAACGUGAGCCCUGGCGUGAAGCCUGGGGUCAUGACGCCUCAGCACACCAUGGCUCUCUCAUGGGCCCUAUGCCAGGCAUCCAUAAGCCUAGGUGCCGCUGUUGGCUCUGGUGCGGCCACCCUUGCGCAGAAGGCCCCCAUGGUGGCCCUUCUCACACACUCCUUGACUCCAGCAGCUGUGUCUGCUGCCGCUGCCGCUCUUGCGGCUGCCCCCUCCCAUGCCGUUGUGGGCAGAAGCAGCUCUGUGACUGGAGCCGCUACCGCUGCAAUCAUAGCGGCUGCUGCUGCUGCUACUUCUGCUGCACCUGCUGGGGCAAACACUGCCGCUGCUGUAACUGGGGGCGAUGCAGCUGUCGUGCAGCUGUCGUGCUGCUGGCUGCAUGUGAAAUAUGCCGACGCGGCGUCAACCUGGGGAAGAGGGAUGGGGCCGUGGCGGUCACAGAGAAAGGAAAGGAAGGCGAGCCUGCGAUGGCUGGCAGCAGCCCCCUCCGCAGCAGCAGCAGUGCUCGAUCCCCGGCGGAGCUACCUGUUCUACUUGCAACAGCAGCAGCAGCAGCGACUGAGGAGAAGGCGGGAUCGGAGCUGCAGCUGCCUGAAGUUGCAGUGGACGUGCGGGCUUUGGGUGACACGGAUGCCGCAGCUCUGGCGCUCGCGUUGCUGCCUGGCAGGCUAGGCACUAAGGGGCACAAGCUGGAUUUCGGAGGAUGCAGACUCACGACGGAAGGUCUGCGUGCGCUGCUGCAGCUCCUGUCGCUUCACGGCUCCUCUCUCACGCAGCUGGGCCUCACGGGCCAGUCGACCAUCGCAGAGGUUUCGGAGCUCCAGGACCUCCUGUGUCGUACAACGCUGCCCGCCCUAACUACCCUGCAACGGUUGGAACUGGUCGGCUGUCCGGUGUCACCUGGGCCGCUAGGAGAGGCGCUGCAUGGGCUGAGCAGCUUGAAGUGUGUGGUGGUGACCGACAAUGCCGAGGUGAAGGCACUUAAGGAAACGGGCAGGUUGCCACCGGGUUCCAAAUGUGUUCCCCGGACCAGCGAGGGCAUUCACACGGUUGGGCUGAAGAUGAUGGACCUUAAAUUCGAGAUGACAACUGUCACGAUCUCACCCUGUGGAGCCAAGCUGUACGUCUGCAGCAAGGCGAACGACACCCACGUGUUUGACUACAAUACGGGCGAAAAGUACAUGCAAUUUAAGUGCAUCGAAGACACGGGCUAUAACAUGCUUUGCCUGGCCGCCAGUCGCGAUGGCAAGAUGCUUGCGUCCGGUACCAAGAACGGACAGAUCGUGGUGUUUGACAGCGGUUCCGGAGACGUGAUUGCCAGGUUGUCUGGCCACGCCAAACUGGUUAACUGUGUGGUCUUCACCAACGACUGCAAGCGGCUGGUCUCUUGCAGUUACGACAAAACGCUCAAGGUUUUCGACUUGGAAACGCAAGCCGUGCUCGCCACACUGGGGGGCCACAACGAUGAAGUAAACUACGUGGCCCUAAGUCCCGAUGGCACCCGCAUCGCCAGCUGCGCUGAUGAUGGCAAAAUCCUCGUCCACAACUUGUAUAACCUGAAGCUAACAAACCCCGUUACCACACUUCACCACAAGACAGCAAGGUUAAACCGUGUGGCCUGGCGCCCAGAUGGCGCCCAAAUCGCGGCAACCUGCAACGACAAAACCAUACAGCUUUUCAACGUGGAAUCUGGCAAGUGCACGGCCGUCCUCAAGGGCCACACUGGCGAUGUUACGCGCGUUGGCUACCACCCUAGUGGCUCUUUGCUAGCCUCCGGGUGCACGGAGGGCAGACUUCACCUCUGGAGUGUUGAGGCGGCUGCAUGUGUGGCAGUGCUACCGCCGGUGCCGGGUAUUAACACCUCCAGCAGCAUUCGCGCAACGGAGUUCACGGCAGAUGGAUCAGUAUUGGUCACGGGAAGCGCCUCUUCAAUUAUGAAGUGGAGCACGACCGCGCUGCUGCAGAUGGUGGCACGCUUGGAGGAUGGCCAUGCGGUUCUUGCUGUCACGAGUGGUGAUGCGGGCGAUGGGAGCGGAGCCGGGGUGACUGCAGCAGUGAAGGCAGCCAGUGAUGCUGCAAAAGAGCGGAGCAUCAGUGCCGGUCCGCUGGGCUAUCUGGAGGCGAACUUGGCGGGGGGCAGUGGCACAUGUGAGGCUCUGUGGCCGGCGCAUGAGGAGGCCUUGUAUGAGGUGGUCGCAGCGAAGGAUGGUCGGGCGGUGGUGACUGCCGGCAAGGACCGCUUGGCCAGGUUCUACGACCUUUCCAAGCCCCUCGCUGGCACCCUGACCCUCUCCGGAGAGGACGUCCCGGUCAAUUCCGUGGCUCUAAGCCCUGACGCGAGCUUCUGUGUGACAGGCGGUGACAACGGUACAGUGGUGCUCCAUGACCUGCCCUCGGGCUUCAUUCGCAUGAAGCUACCAGGCUAUCCCUCCCAAUCAUCCAUCGUGACCGUGGCGAUCAGCCCCGAUGGGCGAUACGUGGCAAGCAGCGGCCGCAACAUUGCAGGUGCAGUGGUGGUGCAUGAUUUGCAGGUGCCGGAUCCAGGGAAGGCUGAUCCCGAGAAGCUGGAGGCGCACAAGGAUUCGGUGUGGAGUGUGACGUUUGCACCGGACGGAAGCGGCCGCCUGGCGAGUUGCAGCGAGGACCGUACCGUGCAGAUCUGGGAUGUGCCUGGGAAAACCCAGGUCGCCACUCUAACACUCGCAUCACCUGUUGGCCGGGUUGCCUACACCCCCGACGCCGUCCGCCUUGCAGCCAUGACUGAUGCCAGGCUCAUCUGCAUAUACGACACGUCCACCCAUCAGUGCCUCAUGGAGAUCCCCAUACACCCAACUUACGGCAAGUUCAGCCGCUACCAUAGCUUCAGCCCCGACGGUCGCUUCCUCGCCGGUGUUACCACGGGAGUCUAUCCAGGCACCACUAACGCAUGUUCUGAUCAGACGGUUCGUAUCUGGGACGCGGUCACGGGCGAGCCGUUGGUUGCAGUGCCGCAUCCAGACCAGUUAACAGGCGUCGCGUUCGGGCAAGACAUCCUGGCAACUGCCUGCAUUGAUGGCAAGGCCCGCGUGUACAGCUUGGAUCGCCUUAUGGCAGGCGUAGAGGAGGACAGUGUCAGCGGUGGAGGAGCAGCAGCAGGGGCAACGGCAGCAGGAGGCGGUGGUGUGGGUGUGCAGGAUGGUGGCAGCGGCAACGGUGCAGCGGGGGCCCUGGCGCCCAAGAGCACCAAGCAGUUCUGGAGCGUGCAGCUGCCCAUGAAGGUCUCUGUGGACGCGCCCUUGGCGGACCUCAGGAGCGCGCACGAUGACGUGGUCUGGAGCCUGGCCUUCAGCCCUGACGGCCAGAGGCUGCUGAGCACCAGUCGAGACGGUACUGUACGGCUGUUCAGUACGGCUACCUGGGAAUGUAUGGCGACGCUGCACUAUAGCGGGUACGAGCAAGGUGGUGCUGCGGGUGCCAGCAGUGCGGUGGGUGCUGCAGAAGCUGCCGCCGGCGACGACGGGAAGGUGGGGCCAGCAGAAGGUGAUGGAGAAGGAGCCAACUUGGACGCAUACAACAUCGCAGCGAUCUGGAGUCCUGAUGGCCGCAUGGUGGCUUCGAGCAGCGGCACGGAGCACGUGGUUCGGCUGUGGGUGCUGAACCCCGCUGGCAGCCAGUAUUACGUCCUCAAGGGCCACCAGCAGCAAGUCCUGACGCUGUGCUUCUCACCUGACAGCCGCACCCUCGCGAGUGGCGGUGUCGGGGAGGGUAUCGUCCUCCACGAUCUGCAAGGCCUGAUUCCGCCCUCUGCAGCAACUGGCAUUUCCACUACCUCCCAAGCCGGAACCUCAUCAGCUCCAUCGUCCUCUGCCGGUGCUGCACAACAGCCGCAACAGCCGCCUUCUGGUCGCGCAGCCACCACUGCUGCAGCUGCAGUUCGGGGGCAAGGCAAGGCAGUUGCAGGUGUGCUAGAGCCGGUGAAGGUGCUAAUGUUUGAAGAACUCAAGGCAACGGUAUGGAGCCUCCUGUUCCACCCAACGGACAGCAACCUCCUCGCAUACCUGGCUGCUGACGGCACCGUGGCUCUGCACAGCAUUAUCAGCCCAGGCAGCGCCACUAUGUUGCAGACUCCUGAAUUCGCUGGUGCGGCUGUGGGCAUGCGGUUCAGUCCUAGCGGAUCGCAGCUCGCGGUGUGUGACAGCGAGAGCAACGCAUACCUUCACAGCACGGAGGAUGGGAGCUGCAAGACAAUACUUCCGGCCGUUGCAACCAGCAAGGAUCCGUGGUUUCAGCCGCGCACGCUACCCCCCAGCGAGCUGGACCCCGAACGAGUGGGUUCCGCUGCGAGGCUGCUGGACAAGUACACGGUCACUUACCCGGGAGGCGAUUCGGAUGUGGGUGCCGUACAAGCCAACCGCUGCGUUCCAGCGCAGUCCGUCAUCUACUACUACGAAGUGAAGAUCUUGGACAAGGGAGACGGGGGCACCAUUGCCAUUGGCUAUGCCGACAAAACCUAUCCCCUCAGCUCCCAGCCCGGGUGGAGGAGCCGGUCCUGUGCCUUCCAUGGCGACGAUGGAAAUGUGUUCAACAACGGUGCCAGCUCCUCGUAUGGUCCGAGGUUCAGUGAGGAGUCUGGUGCUGUGGUAGGCGCCGCGCUCAACAUGCUGUCCGGGGAGAUAUUCUUCACCGUGAACGGGCAAAAGUUCCAACCCAUGCCCUUCCCCGCAGCUGGGCUCUACCCCACCAUUGGCCUCCAUAGCACGGGCGAGACGGUGGAGGUCAACUUUGGGCAGAAGCCCUUCAUGUACGACAUUGCAGCUGACGUGGCUGCUGCCGUGAAGGCCAAACGGAAGAUGUGCGAUCGCGCUGUACCUGUCACCACUGACAUCGCAAAGAAGGGCCUCAUCGUCACGCGUGGACCAGACUGGAAGUGGGACAUGCAGGACGGCGGGGCUGGCAAGACCGGCCGGUUGACAGAGGCGAGCAGUUCAGGCUGGUGGAGCGUGAAGUGGGAAAACGGCGGCGAGUACAACUACCGUGUUGGUGCGGAGGGCCGGUACGACUUGCAGACGGCUGCAGGUGGCAUUGGAUACCUGGUGCCAAAGCUGUUGACAUUAAGCGGAAAGCUGCGGUUGGGCGAGAAAGUGACACGCGAGAGCGCGAAGGAGGGAAUGAUCGUGACCCGCGGGGACGACUGGAAGUGGGGAGACCAGGACGGCGGCGAGGGCAAGAAGGGUAAAAUCACGCAGGUUAAAAGCGACAACUGGGCUCGCGUGGAGUGGGAGGAAAGCAAAUCGUCCAACAACUAUCGGAUCGGCGCAGACGGCUGCUAUGAUUUGCGGGAGGUCGUCUCUCUGGAGACGCCCUUAAAGGAGACGCCGUUGGAGGAUUCUGCCGAGCUGCUGCCACCCCGGAUGGGCCGCGUCUUGUUCUCUCCCAGUGGCGACUACUUGGCAACAGCUGGAGCAGACAAGUCGGUGCUCAUUUGGCGGCUGGAUGGUGUGGGAGACGAAGUGCGCGGCAGCGUGGUUGGCACGCUAAACGAUUUCAAGUCGCCGGUACUGGGAUUGGACAUUUCACCCAGCGGCCGCUACAUUGCGGCCAGCGCUGUCAGCAAUAGCAUCACCGUCUACAGCUGCGACUGCCUCAUGUCCAACUGAUAUAUAGAUGAGCAUGGACAAAGCCGUAAACCUAUGCCGUACCGUGCUGCAAGUCACGCUGAAUUAUGUUGCAGCUAGCGUCGGCCUCUCCGUAAUAAGCUGCAUUUUGCAUGCCGACCUUUAUAUGCCUGUACAUCUCUGCGCCUUUUGGUGGCACGACAGACGAGCAAGUGUAGUACAAAGGGCUUGCGCAUAACCAACUAGGGACUCCACAGGGGCUCAUCGUAGGCCCGUUCAUGUGAUUCCACCGGUUACUAAGGAGGAGGGCAGCAUAUGCUUCAUUGCCCUCGACUUUGCAUUACUAACAUGCAUGCGUGCAUCUGCUGCCGGGGAUAUAUACGCAUGCACUUGACGGUUGGGAUGGCUUUGGAAGUUUUGGACGCGGCAAAUGGCUGCGGUCUGUGCUAAUAUCCAUGCAAAGUUAGCGGGGCACAUUAUCAUAUUAGCAUGGUUGUUACGGUUAAGGGAGUGUUACUGACAGCCUGGCGGUGUGUGGAUGAACAAAUAUUGUGCCUUACUUGUUGUAUUCGUCCGUACACUGUCAUGCUUCAAUUUGAGGAAGCGGCUGGUUCCUGUUUACGGCCUGAAGGAUGUCAGGCCAUUAGCCAUGUACGCUGUGAAUGACUGCUUGCUUGGGAAUGCACCAAUGACUCCAAUAUUUGCUUGCGGUGGUGACCGCCGCGCGACUCAAGCGAGGGUGGGUACCACAGAGGAACGAGCAAUGCAUUGGCGCUCAUGGGAGGUCUGGCUGCCACUUGCACCCUUUCUGUGUUGACAAUUAUGAGUACGAGUAUGUAGUGACAUGUUUCCUGCGUUAAUUGUCGUCUGUUGUUGGGCCGAGUUUUUUGCCCUUCCUUUAGGGUUGGUUCGUCUCCAGAUACCGGCGGUAUGCUAGCGGGAUACAGCUAAAUUGCACGAUGGCUACUUCGAAUGGCGUCUGGAGUUUCUAUACCGCCGUUGCUAGUAGUGGAGGACGAUUCUAUAGCAGCCUGCUAUUUCGUAGGGGGCCCCCAUGCCGGGAGAGUAUUGCAUGUUGCACCUUGGUUACGUGUACGACGACGUUGUGCGACGUACCCCGGUGCCUGGCUUCUCGAGCACAUCUGGUCGAUGGCAUGCGUGGCAUGGACUCCUAAUUUACGGCGACGGACACAUUUAGCUAGCAAUGUGCAAUCUCACUCACC